UCCGGUUGUGUAAGAAGAACUUCCUCCUCGUCUGUCUCCUAUGUAAGCGUGACACUUGCUCAUUCACGACCCGAGCGAACUAACUGAAUAGCAUUAGCUUUGAAAAUGUUAAUUGUAUCAAACAGGAUAAAGUUAUGCUCUCUAGCGUUUACCGCCGCGCGCAUGUACAGCAGCGGCCCUACAGUUGUCAACAAAAACCCCACAGUUUACUUUGACAUUGCUGCAGACAACCAGCCUCUCGGCAGGGUAACCUUUGAGCUCAACGCUGACGUUGUGCCAAAAACCGCAGAGAACUUCAGAGCGCUGUGCACGGGGGAGCAAGGCUUUGGUUACAAGGGAUCAACUUUCCACAGGGUGAUCCCUCAGUUCAUGUGCCAGGGUGGAGAUUUCACUAACCACAAUGGAACUGGAGGGAAGUCUAUCUAUGGAAGGACGUUUCCUGAUGAGAACUUUAAGCUGAAGCACACUGGAUCUGGUAUCUUGUCUAUGGCCAACGCUGGACCCAACACCAACGGGUCCCAGUUCUUCAUCUGCACCAGUAAAACCGAAUGGCUGGACGACAAGCAUGUUGUCUUUGGCAGCGUAAAGGACGGAAUGGACGUGGUCAAGAGAGUGGAGUCGUAUGGUUCACGGUCUGGGCGAACCUCCAAGAAGAUCACUAUCGCAGACUGUGGAGAGCUUGAGUAGACUCUGAGCAGUGGACACAGUCGUAGUCUCAUCUCGUGCUGUCAUUUCAAUGUGAAGGUCCGAGUGAAAGAGGCUCUUUCUUCAGUCUCGGCACAGAGUUCUACCUCUCUUUGCUGGCAAUAGAUAUUAACACUUCAAUUCUGUGUUAGUCUUUCUCCCGGUAGCAUCUAACACACUUAACUGUGUCAAAUGUGAACUUGUAAUAUAGAACACAAAGUACGGCUUCUUUGUACUUAAAGAUAAUAAUACGUGAAUAUUCAGGGAAACUGGUUUGUGAAAGAGGUUGUAAUUUGC